GUUGGUACAUAUCACGCCAAACUGCUCCAUUAGGUCCUCGAUUACAGGAUCCGCGGAUCAAUCCCCCGUCUUCCGGAGGGGCCCGAUCGCCCCCCAUCUAGGAUCCAAACGGCCAUAAAUUCUUUCUAUGUCUGACAGUUGCGAGGUUCACAUGUUUUAGAUCCUGUAGUGGAUGCCAUGUUACCAUUUACCACCACAUUCGCGUCGAAGCAUGUGGUUGGGAAGCACGCGCGGGACAGCCAUCUUGUGUCGGCCAUCUUGAAAUCGCCGUUCGGAUACACGUCCAAAUUUUUUGUGUUCAAAACAAUGUUUUCGGCGUGGUGUGUUGUGUCUUUAUAGUGUUGUGUAUGGUGCGGUUGCUGUGUGUUUGUUUUUAUUGGAAAAAAACGUUUUGGAACUUGUUACAAAGGUCCGUGAUCGCUGGGCGACUGACUCAGCAAGCUACGGUGACGACGUCCGCCCGGAAGAAUCUUUUUCUACCGCCAUAUUAAUUCUCCGCCAAGUAUAUUAUACCGUCACAAUCACACUGACAGUGUCCUUAAUCUGUAGCGCAGCCGUAUCCUGGUCUAUUUCAGAUAAAAAAAUUGGCGGCUCUCCUGUUCUAGUCCAAACUUCUUACAAAAAUGUUAAUACAGUUCCAUUUACUUAAGUAAUUAAUCUUAAAACAGAAGUAAUUGGUUAGGAAGAAAAUUAGGGAACAGACAAGUGUAUAGACAAAUAUAGAAAUGGACACAAAAAAUGAUGGACGAACGGACGACAUCGAACUUAGUGCACAAGGAACUAGUAAUAAGCCCAGUGACGUGGCCAUUAAAUCUGACCUUCCGGAGCGAGGGACCUGGGCCAGCAAACUCGACUUCAUCCUGUCCGUAAUCGGCCUCGCCAUCGGUCUUGGCAAUGUCUGGCGUUUUCCUUAUCUCUGCUACAAGAAUGGCGGGGGCGCCUUCCUCAUUCCUUACUUUCUCACCCUCAUCCUCGCCGGCAUCCCCAUGUUCUUCAUGGAGCUGGCUAUGGGACAGAUGCUCACGAUUGGCGGGCUGGGCGUUUUCAAGAUUGCACCCAUUUUCAAAGGUAUUGGCUACGCGGCAGCGGUCAUGUCCUGCUGGAUGAAUGUCUACUACAUUGUCAUAUUGGCGUGGGCUAUCUUCUACUUCUUCAUGUCUAUGCGGUCUGACGUACCCUGGCGCACCUGCGACAACUAUUGGAACACGGCCACCUGUGUGAACCCCUACGACCGCCGCAACCUGACCUGCUGGUCCUCCCCGGUUGACAUGAGCACCUUCUGCAUGCUCAAUGGAAAGAACAUCAGCAAAGCUGCUUUGUCUGACCCUGUUAAGGAGUUUUGGGAACGCCGAGCCCUUCAAAUUUCGAGCGGAAUCGAGCAUAUUGGGAACAUCAGAUGGGAGCUCGCUGGAACCCUGCUUCUUGUUUGGGUUCUCUGCUACUUCUGCAUCUGGAAAGGGGUCAGGUGGACCGGCAAAGUCGUCUACUUCACCGCCCUUUUCCCAUACUUUCUGCUGACUGUGUUGUUGAUCAGAGGAAUCACACUCCCGGGCGCGCUGGAAGGCAUCAAGUUUUACGUGAUGCCAAACAUGUCCAAACUUAUGGAGUCUGAAGUGUGGAUCGACGCUGUCACACAGAUCUUCUUCUCCUACGGCCUGGGCCUCGGCACCCUGGUGGCUCUUGGCAGCUACAACAAGUUCACCAAUAACGUUUACAAAGACGCGCUGAUAGUGUGUUCAGUGAACUCCAGCACGUCCAUGUUUGCUGGUUUUGUCAUCUUCUCCGUGGUAGGAUUUAUGGCUCACGAGCAACAGCGUCCGGUGGCCGAGGUGGCAGCUUCAGGUCCUGGAUUAGCCUUCUUGGCUUAUCCCUCAGCCGUGUUGCAGUUACCAGGCGCUCCACUGUGGUCCUGCCUAUUCUUCUUCAUGCUGCUCCUGAUUGGCCUGGACAGCCAAUUCUGCACCAUGGAAGGCUUCAUCACAGCCGUUAUUGACGAGUGGCCUAAACUCCUCAGGAGGAGGAAGGAAAUAUUCAUUGCUAUAACUUGUGUUAUAUCUUAUUUGGUCGGACUUUCUUGUAUUUCUGAGGGCGGUAUGUACGUGUUCCAAAUCCUGGACUCGUAUGCGGUGUCCGGCUUCUGCCUGCUGUUCCUCAUCUUCUUCGAGUGCGUCUCCAUCUCAUGGGCCUUCGGUGUCAACCGCUUUUACGACGGCAUCAAGGAGAUGAUUGGCUACUACCCUACCAUUUGGUGGAAGUUCUGCUGGGUUGGAUUCACGCCUGCUAUUUGCAUUAGCGUGUUUAUCUUCAACCUGGUGCAAUGGAAGCCGAUCAAAUACAUGAACUAUGAGUACCCGUGGUGGUCCCAUGCCUUCGGCUGGUUCACCGCCUUGUCCUCCAUGCUCUGUAUCCCUGGGUACAUGGUCUACUUGUGGAGGGUCACCCCCGGAACUAGACAAGAGAAAUUCAACAAGAUCGUCCGAAUCCCUGAGGAUGUACCGUCUCUGCGAACCAAGAUGCAGGCGGAGGAGCUCGCGAAACACCACGGCCACGCCUAAACAGAGUUCGUUUCAUAACUUAAGUCCUUGAUCUCAGGGAGAAGGUGAAGGAUUCGUGCUCUUUGUGGUUGUAUUUCUUUUUUUCUGAAAAAAUAACUUUUUCUAGACAAAAAAAAAUAUAUAAAAA